UGCACAUGUCAUUGAUUAUUAAAAGCUCUAUUUUCCCCCUCGUCGCUAUGCUGCAAAAACUAUGAUGCCGCCCUGCUCCGGCUUAAGCUCCAUCCCAUGACCGCCCAGUCUGACGUCCGUGUGCCUCGGUGACAGCAUCGCUUUCUAGGCACGACCAAAAGCAGUCGGCCCAUUAGUCGUUACAUUCCUCACUUUGCGCAGCAGCCACUAUCUUCGACGAGCAGAGUCAGAGCGUCAAAGUAAAGUCCCGCUGGCAUGUGAAGAAGGAAACCCUAAAAAAGGAAAAAUCCCGAACGCGUCCUCGGCGAACCUCGUACCGCAGUGCUCUUCCGACAUUCACUCCUAGACUGCGCCUGUCAGCACAUAGAGCAAGAGGCCUCGAGAGCCCGUGGCGAGGAAAAUGAACUACGUGCGAUCCAUUACAGGCACUGUCUCCAAGGGCUGGAACUCGAUCAACCCGGCCACCCUCAGCGGCGCCAUCGAUGCCAUUGUCGUAGAGCGCGAAGAUGGCAGCCUCGCGUGCUCGCCCUUCCACGUCCGCUUUGGCAAAUACCAGAUACUACGGCCCUCGGACAAGAAGGUCCAGUUCAGAGUAAAUGGCGAACUACAGGACUAUGCCAUGAAGCUGGGCGAGGGUGGCGAGGCCUUCUUCGUCUUCGAGACGUCGGCUGCCAUUCCCGCUGAAAUGCAGACUUCGCCUCUUCAGUCGCCAGUCGCCAGCCCCGAGCAGAAGCCCAUAGAACUCCCUGGCGAUCGCGCCUUCGACGACCCCGAGCCACUCGACCUCGACGACGCCAGCGUCACAACCAGGAGGGGGCGCCUGUCCAUGUCCGUGGCAUCGUCCGACACCCUGCACGUCGAGGCUGACUUUGCCCGCCCAAAAUCUGGAGACUGGUCAGGUUUCCAGAUGCACCGUGCGAACACGGACGAUGUCCUUCCCUCGACCAAAGAAAGCUUCACAAAGACGUUCGACGGCACCAUGGAGAGUGGGCUGCUGCAGAUCAGCAAGGAGGACGCAAUAGCAUGGAACCGGACAACACGCUCAGCGAGCCCACCGCCACUAUCAGCCACUGAGGCCUUCGCCCGCGCCAUAAAGCUCUCCAAGAAGCUCUUUACCUCGAACAUUCCGAACAAAGUCACCGACAGCGGGGACCUCGAGCUCGACAUGACGGGAUACAAGAGCAGCGAGGAGGAUGCCUUGCGCGCCGAGGUCAUUGCCAGGAAGAUUCUCUCUGACGAGCUCGCGGGCGACUACGACAUUGGCGCGCUGAUAGGAGCAGAUGAAAACGGCAACCUGUGGAUUUACAGCAGCGAAGAAGCAAAAGCAGCCGCCAUGCAGAAGACGUCCAUGAGCGUCUUGAAUGAAGCCGCCCUCCACAACGCCGACGCUGUAUCGGACCCCGGCUACCAGAGCGACAGCGGCCGAAGCGAUGACACAGGCGACUUUCCCCAUGUGCGAAGGGACUCAGAUAGUGCUCUGGGUAUGUCCGCGCCCCACUCACCAGAAGCACACAACAAGCGCGAGACGAGGAAUUACGCAAAGACAUUGCGUCUCACAAAUGAUCAGCUGAAAGCACUCAAUCUAAAGCCUGGUGCAAAUACCAUGAGCUUCACAGUAAACCGAUCGACGUGUACUGCAUACAUUUUUUACUGGAAGCACGACGUUCCGAUUCUCAUCUCCGACAUCGACGGCACCAUCACCAAGUCGGACGCUUUAGGACAGGUGCUCAACAUGAUUGGCAGAGACUGGACACAUCAAGGUGUUGCAAAGCUGUACACCGACAUUGUCAACAAUGGCUACAACAUCUUCUACCUCACCAGUCGCUCCAUCGGCCUAGCAGACACGACACGAGCGUACCUCAACGGCGUUGUCCAAGAAACCUACCGCCUCCCGAAAGGCCCAGUCAUCAUGAGCCCAGAUCGCACAAUCGCUGCCCUGCGUCGAGAGAUCUACCUGCGAAAACCAGAGGUGUUCAAAAUGGCCUGCUUACGCGAUAUCAUGCAACUCUUCGACAAACCCGUACAUCAAACACCCUUCUAUGCCGGCUUCGGCAACCGCUUCACAGACGCCCUUUCGUACCGCUCCGUAAACAUACCCUCCACACGAAUCUUCACCAUAAACUCAAACUCCGAGGUCAGCCUCGACGUUCUCUCUCUCAAUUCCUACAAAACCGGUUACGCAAGCAUGCGCGAGAUUGUCGACCACUUCUUCCCGCCCGUUGGCCUGCUUGUACCCGCGGGAGGCGAGGCGUAUACUGACUUCAACUACUGGCGCGACAAGCCUCUUGACAUUGAAGACUUCACAGACAGUGAGGACGACGAUGACGAUGGCACAACCGAAGCCGGUAGCAUCCGCAGCGAGGACGAAGGCUCGGAAGUGGUCGAAGAUCUCGAGGCGAGCUACAUGACGCAGGACUCGCUUGACGAGGCGAAUCUUGAAGACUCGAUCCUCGAGAGCGUCGAGGGGGACGAUUACGUAGAGGGUGAGGAGUACGUUGGCGAGGAGUAUGUUGACGAGGACACCGACCCCGACCCCGAUGAUGGUGAUGAUGAGCGUGAUAACGACGAAGAGAGUGGGGAGGAACAGGGGAUCACGCCAACCAAAGAGUUGGCUGAUAUUGAUGAGCUUACGCACCACCUCGGUGUGCUGAGCACGAAGGACUCGACCCCCACGCCUAGAGCGAGUCCGAGGAGAUAACAACACUCCACUUUUUGUGUGAAUGAUUCAAUGUUGCAUAGCAUAGCAUGGCUCUGGCGUUCUAGGAAGAAAGGCAUCGUCCCGACUUUACUCUACAAAUCUGUCUUUCGGUUUAGAUCAACAUACCCAUAUAGGUAUACCAAUGUACCAUUUUUUUCAGCCUGCCUGUGGGUGUACGAGGCAGCUCGUUUCUUUACUAGGAUCUUCACCCAAGUUGGCCUAAGGCCCAGGGCUCAGAAAAUACGAGCUCGCCUUCGUAUUUUCAGCUUCCUUCUUGUCCCCCGCUAUACCCCCUUAGACUCGUGCUAGUGAACAUAUAGUAGGUGGUACGGCGUCACUGACGUCGGCUCACAUUCUCAGGGCAAAUCAGAGUUUAAGAUCAGAU